AUGGACGGCCCGGCCAUCAUCACCCAGGUGACCAACCCCAAGGAGGACGAGGGCCGGGCCCCGGGCGCCGGCGAGAAAGCCUCCCAGUGCAACGUUAGCCUGAAGAAGCAAAGGAGCCGCGGCAUCCUCAGCUCCUUCUUCUGCUGCUUCCGAGACUACAAUGUGGAGGCCCCGCCAGGCAGCGGCCCCGGCGUGCUUCCGCCGCUGGUGGAGGAGAACGGCGGGCUCCAGAAGGGUGACCAGAGGCAGAUCAUUCCCAUACCAAGUCCACCAGCUAAAUACCUCCUUCCAGAGGUAACGGUGCUUGACUAUGGAAAGAAAUGUGUGGUCAUCGAUUUAGAUGAAACAUUGGUGCACAGUUCAUUUAAGCCUAUUAGUAAUGCUGAUUUUAUUGUUCCCGUUGAAAUUGAUGGAACUAUACAUCAGGUGUAUGUGCUGAAGCGGCCACACGUGGACGAGUUCCUGCAGAGAAUGGGACAGCUGUUCGAAUGUGUGCUCUUUACUGCCAGCCUGGCCAAGUACGCAGACCCUGUGGCCGACCUGCUGGACCGCUGGGGUGUGUUCCGGGCCCGGCUCUUCCGGGAAUCGUGUGUUUUCCAUCGUGGGAACUAUGUGAAAGACCUGAGUCGCCUUGGGCGGGAGCUGAGCAAAGUGAUCAUCGUGGACAAUUCUCCUGCCUCCUACAUCUUCCAUCCUGAGAAUGCAGUGCCUGUGCAGUCCUGGUUCGACGACAUGACGGACACGGAACUGCUGGACCUCAUCCCCUUCUUCGAGGGCCUGAGCCAGGAGGACGACGUGUACAGCAUGCUGCACAGACUCUGCAGUAGGUAG